AUGGCAAAAAGACUCAUUGUUUAUAUUGUUCUCUGCAGUAGUUACCGACCUAGUAAUAAUGCCAUGAACGAUGGCGGUGGUAUGAGUGGUGGUGGUGAUAUGGGUGCUAUGGGUAAUGAUGGUGCCAUGGAUGAUCUGACUGAAAACAUCGAUUGUAACCGAGAUAAGAUUUGGGUAAAUGGUCACUGCAAGCCGGAUUUUUUGGAGUUUGAAAGCGAAGCAACGAUGGCCAAACUGGAACCGCGUAAUUCAUUCAAAAUCCAGCAUUCAGAAGGUAAGGGAUAUGGUAUUGAAAUUCGUAAUAGAUUUGAAAAAAUCUUUUAUCAUUUUGUGGUGCAUGUUUUUAAAUAG